AACGUGUGGCAGGCAAGCAAGCAAGUUAUGUGGGCAAAGACAAUCGUAGUAGAAAGCUCUCGUGCAACACAUUUGAUACGAACGAUGAACAAUGAGAAUUCAAGCGUGUGUGUGUGUGCAAUGUGUGGUGUGGCUUACGUUGGUUGCAUGUGGCUGAGUGAGUGAGCCAAUGUGUGUGUGUGUGUUUCUGCAGUCCAUGAGUGUCCGUGUGCAAUUUGCAUUAAUGUUGUUGCUGUUUUGUUGUUCUUGUCUUAACGUCGUGUCGUAUGUUUAUUAUUUUACUGUCCCUGCUCCCACCAAAACAACAGCAACACCAACUACAUUUAUACGUUUGUAUUUUUAUUUUUUUUAUUUUUCGUGUUGUUAUUAAUUUACGCCAAACUCAUUCUGCAACAAUACUCUGUGUGUAACAACAACAGCAGCCGCACCAGCAACAGCACCAGCAACGAAGAGACAGCAGCAACAUCUGAAUGAACAUAACAGUGCCACACGUAGACGCACGUAGACGUAUUGCAUGUAAUCGGAAUAACAAACGGCGGCACUAAAACGUCAACCACUAAAAUCGCUGAAACAGAAACGCGAAAAUUAUUUUCGAAAUAUUACCCACUACCACUUGCUUACUUUUCGGGGAAAAGUUUUGAGCGUGUGAAAAUUUUGAAAAUCAAAAUAAAAAAAAAAAUACAAAAAAUAUGAUGUUUUGAUUUCAAUACGUGAAGAAAAUAGAGAAAACAAAGAAAAUAAAUUAAAAAAAAAACAAAGAAAAUAAAUAAUUUGCAAAUUUUGAAAAAAGAAAAUAUUGCUAACAAUAAAUAGCAAGUACCCAUAACAAAUUAAAAAAAAAUUUAAAAAAAAAAUAAAUAAAAAAAUUGUUUCCAAAAAAAUUAAAAUUUAACAAAAAUAAUACUGAACGCAAAUUAUCUAAAAUUGUGGAAAUAAUUGAAAAAAAAAAACCUUUUUCUGUGUAAUAAUAACAUCCAAAGAACAAAUGGUCUCUGUAUGCCAAUAAUAUCAAUAAUCCAAAAAGAUUCUGAAAUUAAAUGCAUAAAAAAUAGAAAUAAUAGAGAACAUCAGCCAGCAAUACAACAAAAAACACAAAAUCCAUACAAAAAAAAGAAACAACAAAAACUACAAAUAAUAAAAAAUUAACAAACAAGGAAGCAAGAAUUUCUAUCGAAGAAAAAGGAAAGCAAAAAUCCGCGAAAGGAAUAUGACAACAAAUCUUAUACGCGCGCGUUUAAAGGAUAAUUACGAUUUCAAUUUUUAUUCUCCAAUCACAAAUUAAAAAAAAAAUAAAUAACCAACUGCAACUCUCGGAUUACAGUUUCCGGAUUACCUGCAUCUGAAGUAACCAAAAAAAAAAAAUAACAAGAAAAGAAAAACCAACACAAGCCGUGCAUAGCUAAAAAAUUUAAAUAAAAAAAAUUACAAUUAAACAAAUACAUUUUUAAUACAAAAACAAAAAAAAAAAUUAAACAAAUUAUUAUAUAAUUGGCAAUGCAACAACAAAAAAACCGCAGAAUUUCUGUGAAAAUUUCUAACUAAAGCAAAAAUUGUGAAAAGUAACAAAAGUCAAUUAAAUAUGGUUUUUGAAAUUUAUCUGCAACAACAACAAACAGAUUAAAAAAGUGGAUUUUAAAAAACAAGGCAUUUUGGAAAACAUUUGGAAGAAUGGACCUAUUUUAAUAAAUAAUACAAAUAAUAAUAGUAAUAUGGAAAAAACCCAACAAACAAAACGUUGUCGUUUGGAACUAAAAUAAAGAAUUAAAAAAAAAAAUUAAAUAUUAAAAAAACUUUACCCAACCGCAAAGGAACAACAACAGCAAAUAUUCAACAUUAACUGACAUAAAGAAAAAAAAACAUAAAACUUAGAACUGUUCUAUGAAUCGUUUCAAUAAAACAGCAAUAAUUUAGGCAAAAACGCCUAAAACCAAACUAGAGUUCUGUACAUCAACCUUUUUAGUUUAACAAACAAUGCACAAGGGAAACCAAUUUCUUUAAUUUAGUUUUUUUUUUAAGAAACCAAAAAAAACACCCCCUCCCAUAAAACAACAACCACAACAAAAAAAAAAAAAAAAUAUACCAAAAAAGUAAAAAACAAAAACAACAACAAAAUUCAAAUUCAAAAAAAUAGGAAAUUUUCAAACUUUCGCGGAUACGUUUUCUUUUUUCACAGAGCUCUAGUAAAACAAAAAACCAAAAUCAAACACAAAAAUAUAUCGUUUUUAAGUUUAACAAAAAUCAAAACAAAAUUAUAAAAUUUUGGAUUUCAAUUAAGAGAACUUUUUGAGUGUUAGUAUUCAAUUGUUUAUUUCGAAAAAAAAAACACACACACAAACACACCAACACACAUAAAACAAUCAACAACAAGGAAGAACAACAAAAAACAUAACUGAAAAAUAAAGUGAAUUAAAAUUAAAAAAAGAAAAAAUUGUGAAAAAAUACAUUUCGAAAAAAGAAAAAUCAAUACAAAAUCUGUGGACAAAAUUACUUAAAACAAUUGCAAUCUGUUUUGCUUGAAACUGUCUGUAAAUCUUCAGAAUUUCGGCAUAAUAUUUGGAAAAAAUGGUCAAUUUUCAAGGAUAAACCCGUUAAAAAAACUGAAAACAAAAACCGAAGAGCUGAAUCCUGUGGCAUACCGGAAAAGAACAAUACAAAAAUCGAAAUUCAAAAUUUUAAUAACGGCAUUUGACGAAAUACAAAUCAAACAUCAAAUUGAAAUAAAAUACGUCUUGGACCCCCCUCUGAACGUUUCAUUGAUGAUCUGUGGCGAAACUCUGGCAAAAUUCAAAUAAAACUCGUAAACGGAAUAAGAACUCUCGUUGAAAGAGGAAUUUGGCUUCACUUUCGUUACCAUUCUCUCGAAAUUUGGACUCUUCAUAAAAAAAACGGCAAAUUGGUACAAGACCGAAUCUUUGCGAGCAAAAAUAUCCAUCCGUUUGAUUUAUAUGCAAUUUAUAAUUUUAUUUUUAUAAAAAAAAAACUACCAAAUCAAAUAACCCGACGUCUCGUAAUACACGGAAAAAGACGACAAGAAUAACAACAACAACAAACGUUACGGGAGAAGCGAGCAGCGGCAACAACGGCCAACAUAAAUAAUUGUCUUAUGGAUUGCUGGACGGGUAACGCCCGACUGGCGAGUGUUUUAGUUUAAGCAGCGUAAGCUGUCACCGACAUGGGCAGUGAGCACUACUGCUUGAGGUGGAACAAUCAUCAAUCCAACCUGUUAGGGGUGUUUAGUCAAUUACUACAGGACGAGAGUCUGGUGGACGUCACAUUAUCUUGUUCAGAGGGCGCUCCCAUCAGAGCCCAUAAGGUGGUCCUCUCGGCCUGUUCAUCGUAUUUCCAGAGCCUAUUUCUGGACCACCCCGAAAAACAUCCCAUUGUGAUAUUAAAGGACGUCCGUUUUGCCGAACUACAAACCCUAGUUGAAUUCAUGUAUAAAGGCGAAGUAAACGUGCAAUAUUGUCAGUUAUCGGCACUGCUGAAAACGGCGGAGUCUUUGAAGGUCAAGGGUCUAGCAGAAAUGACAAAUCAGAACACAACCCUACGCGAACCAGAACGUGAACCUGAACGUCUACGACCUCAUUCACAGCCCUGCAAAAGUAGUAGCUCAUGUGACAGUCCUGUCGAUGCCACCCUAUCGGGAGCCUCCACAUCCACGUCCAAUAUUGUCGCCUCAUCAUCGGCCGCCUCAGCGUCCGCCGCAAGCGCAGCACCAUCAAUAGCAACCGCAGCAACAACACCAACAACAUCUGCCACAACAACAAAUGCCACCAGCACAACUUCGGCUGCCGUUGCCACUUCGCUGAGUUCGAAACGCAGCACCAGCCACGACCAGCAGUCAACAACAACAGCAGCAGCAGCAGCAGCAACAGAACGUUGUAGCCCCUCACCUCCAAAGCGUAUCCAUGUCAAGUCGGCAGCCUCAAUACAAGAACCACAGCAUCGUGGUUCACCCCAACCCCUAGAUCUCUAUCAAAGACGUUUGGAACAGCAACUGGAAGACAGCAAGGAGAACUCCCUUGCGAACAACAAUAAUGCAACCUCGGCGUCCGGCUUUACAGCCACAACCGUGUCGACGACAACCUCCAAUGAAAAGACACGAAGUACAACACCCCAGAGUUCGGCUAGUGGGACCAUGUCGACAAGGCACCAAACACACGAAGGCGAUGACCCAACACUGAAACAUGAACGCGACAGUGAUCGUGAAACAGCAGGUCUUGAGUCACCGGAACGUUUGAGUGAUGUUCAACGUGGCCUGGGUCGGGGCGACCUGGAAGACACUGGUGUCGAAAAGAUCGAAGACAUUGAAGAUGUCGACUAUGGUGACGAAGAAAUGGAUUUAGACGAUGACGGUGAUAACAGCUCCGAAGAUAUUGGGGGGCUGAAUAUGAAAAUAGGCAGCAGUAGCUUGGCUGCGGCACUAGUUAGUCCCAAUUUGCGUGCAGGUCUGGAGAGUGGGCUUUGUUCGCUCGGUGGCAGUCGUGAACGAGAUCGUGAUCACGGCGAUGGUGGUGGUGGUGGUGGUGGCGGUGUCGAUUCGGCACGUUCUACACCCCUAACCGGUAGUGCUGCACUGGCCUUAGACUCACAUUCACAACGUCCAGCAUCGCGUAGUUCCCGAGAUGGUUCCGGGUUGGAUCGCCCCAGUAGUAGGGGUGGUCUGAGCGGUUUACCCUCGACAUCGGGCACCUCGCUAGCCGGCGGUCUAAGUCCCAGUUCAUCGACGGCAGCUGCUUUGGGAUUGGUCAGUGAUACACUUGCCGGACCGUCGGGUUUGGGUCCCGUGCAGUCGGUACCCUUGUCUCUCAAAAAGGAAAUCGAUUGCAGUGAAGAUGACAACAGCAACAGUCGCCAUCUACAGCCACGUUCCGCCUCGGCCAGUGGAAUUUUAGGCGGUGAAAUCGAUUAUCGAACCUCUCAUGAAUCGGAAACGUCUGAAUCGCCGCAUGGCUUAGGUUCUGCUGGCAUUUCCAAUGCCGGUGGCAUUGGUUGUGGGUCCAUGGGCAGUGGUGGUAUGGGUGGUGGUGCUGGCAGCAGUAGCCUCUGUCCCAGUGCCUCAUCAUCCAUUAACACUGCCUCCUCCUCCAGUUACAUGCACGAUCAUCCGCGUACGCCACCACCCUAUUCCUGUGUUUAUUGUGCCGCCGGUUUUCCCACCCAGAGUAAAUUAACACGCCAUAUACUCUCGCAUUCGUUGAAAACAUUGGAAUUCCGUGAAACGGCCGCCACCCAUGCCCUGCUGCAUCCGCAUCUGUUGGGCCACGAUCUGAAUAUGUCACCGUUAGCAUACCAAAUAAAUGCUGCCAUGGCAGCCACAGCGGCGGGGGGUGAUCCCCAGGAACAGGCUGCUGCCGUUGCCCUAGCCAUGGAUAUUGAUUUUAAUGCCGCAGCGCUGGCAGCAGCUGGUGGUUGUGUUUUUCCCUCGCUUACGAGUUGUACGGGUCGCGGCUUGGAUCUUGACGGCAGUGGUGGCGGUGGUGGAGGCUCAUCAUCGUCGGGUCGUGGUGGUCGCGAUUCAAGAGGCGGCGGGGGCGGCGGCGGUGGUGGCAUGGGCGGUGGUCGUGGCAGCGGCCUGGAUGAUGAUAGUCGUACCUCUUCCGGCAACGGUGGUUGUCCCUCGAGCAGUUUAUCCCUGUUAAGCGGCGCUGGUUCGUCGACAUCGGCUGCAGCGGCGGCGGCAGCUGCUGCAGCAGCAGCCAGUUCGUCGGGCUCCUCGCUGCUAGCCUCAUCCAAUGAUCCGAAUAGUGUUGUUUUAUGUAAAUUCUGUGGUAAGAGUUUUCCCGAUGUUACCUCACUCAUUCAACAUUUGCCGGUGCAUACCGGUGAUCGACCGUUUAAGUGUGAAUUUUGUGGCAAAGCGUUUAAAUUGCGCCAUCAUAUGAAGGAUCAUUGUCGUGUCCAUACAGGUGAACGCCCGUUUCGAUGUCAAAUGUGUGGCAAAACAUUUUCACGAUCGACGAUACUGAAGGCGCACGAAAAGACCCAUUUUCCCAAAUAUGCACGCAAGUAUUUGACACCCAGUCCGGUGGAUACAAAAGAUGAGUUGCCGCAAUAGUGAAACGAUUUUAGUUUAUUAUUAAAUUAUUAUUAUUAUUACUAUUACUACUAUAAUAAUAACAAUUAUAAUAUGCUAAAUCAGAACAACAACAACAACAGCAACAGUAAUAAUAAUAUUAAUAACAACAACAACAUUAAUAUUCACAAUUACAACACUGUGAGUAUUAAAAGUGACUAUGAUCGAAUGCAGCAACCAUCUCCAUCAACACAACUACAACUACAACACCCUCAGCAGCAGCUGCAGCCGCCGCCACAGUCGCAGCAGCAGCAGUAUCAACAACACAACUAUUACUAAAAGUGUAGAAAAAAAAGAAACUGAACAAGUCAGGAAUUAUUUUCUCAUGGGUAAAAUGGGAAAUCCUCCUUAAUUAUUAUAUAUUGUAAUAAAGACCAUGAUUUUUUUUGAUAUAUAUUAACUGUAUAGAAAACCACCACCAUCAACUUAUCCGGAAAUAAAAUUUAAGGAUAUUUUAACUAAACGAUGUAUGUAUCCCAAACGGAAAAAAGAGAGUCUCCCCAUAUGGGAUUUUAUGAAAUCCCAAGAAAUAUGACAUGGAUUGAAAACAAACCAGGAGAUAAACAAGAAAUAAGUUCUCACUAAGAUGGGCAUGUACAUAUAAAAUACAUGCAAAAAUAUACUUAUUAAAUAUAUGUAUACAUAUAUGACAGGAUUAUACAUGGAUACUUUUUUUUUAUUUUGUAAUAAAAUUAUCAAAAAUUAUAUAUAUUUAAAAAAAAGAAGAAGAAUGAGAAGAACUUGAAGCUGAAUACAUAUUGAAAUUUAUGCCUACAUAUACAUAUAUAUAAGAAGAUCAAUAUAUAUAUAUAUAUAACCGACAAGACAAACACAAAUACACACAAUAUGACAUUAGGAUCUAUAGGCAAAUACCCCAAAAUAUUUAUGAGCAAAAGAAAUUGAAGAACCAAAAUGCUUUAGCAAACACUCCCUCCCGGCUUAGAACAUAGGCGGAUAACCUGCUAAUAAAAAUUGUAGCAUUUAGAAACUAAAACAGAAAAAAACGAAACAAAAAUUGAACAAUAUUCAAAAUUGCUGACAUUUUUUACCUAUUUUCCUAUUGUUAUGUUGUGUUCCAAACAAAAAUACCAAACCAAUAGUUUUUUUUCUAGAUUUUUUACAAAGA